UAGCGCCGGAAGAGAAGAAACUCCUUUCCCCAGCCAUCUUGUGGCUUCACCUAGCGAAGUGUUCGCACCGAACCUCGUAGAAUCGGAGGAAAAUCCUGCUGAAGGGGCGCCAUCAUGCCCGGACAAAUGCAAGAAGGCUUUGGCAUCGCCGUGACCAAUCGAUACGACCAGUUAUUGGACGAUGAAUCGGACCCGUUUGAGCUGCUGAGGCAGGCUGAGAAGAAGAAGAAGGAGGCUGCCGCUGCUGGCGUCGCCAAACCUGCAGUCCAGGUUAGCAAACAGCCCAAAAAGGAGUCCCAGAAGGACCGAAAGACGCCGCUCAGCGACAAAAAGGAGGAGACCCAGGCGCCGGUCCCACUCAAAAAAGACGGUGCCGGCAUGAGGAGAAUGGGCCGCAAGCCCGAGGGUGAGGGCUCGAGACCACUGGGCGGCCAGCAGGGAGAGGGACGUCCCCCUGCAGACAGGCGGCCAACGGACAGGCGGCCACCCCGUCGCUUCGAAAGGCUGCCCACGGACGCUAGCGAGAAGCCUGAGGGUGGCGAAUUCUCUGUGGAGAAGCCUGUUGGCGACAGGCCGAUGAGGGGCCGCGGCGCUGGCCGGGGGGGCCGUGGAGGCAGAGGGCGUGGUGUGGGGCGCAGCGACGGCUUUGACUCCAGAGGAAAACGUGAAUUUGACAGACACAGUGGCAGUGAUCGAUCUAGUCUGAAGGGUGAAGAAAAGCGGGGCGGGAGCGGAUCUCACAACUGGGGCACCGUCAAAGACGAACUCAAUGAACUUGACCAGUCCAACGUCACAGAGGAGAACACUGAAGGCGAGGAGCAUCCACCUGCUGAUUCUGAGAACAAGGAAAAUGAGGUGGAGGUGAAGGAGGAAGGUCCUAAGGAGAUGACGUUGGAUGAGUGGAAGGCCAUGCAGGACAAGGAGCGCUCCAAGGUGGACUUCAACAUCCGCAAAGCCAACGAGGGAGCCGAUUGGAACAAAGGAUUCGUGCUGCACAAGUCCAAGGUGGAAGGUAAAAAAGAUGAGCUGAUAGACCCUGAGGCUUUUGACUCUAAGAUGGAUGAGGAGCAUCACUUCCGUAAGCCGGCCAACGACAUCACGUCCCAGCUGGACAUCAACUUUGGGGAUCUGGGCCGUCGCGGGCGCGGUGGGCUGCGUGGCGGCGGCGGCGGGCGUGGCGGACGUGGGCGCGGUGGCGGCAGCGAGGCGGCACCCAGGCCGGUGCGUGGAGGACGGAGUGAGAAGUCAUCCUCAUCCGUGCCAAACGUGGACGACCCCGAGGCCUUCCCCGCCCUGGCUUAAGACUUCGGCCGCCGGCCCGUGGGAGUGCUCGGCUUGCGUGUUCCUGCUGGUUCCUUCAGCAAAGUGAUGAAGACUCAUCAAAUUUGAGGACUGCGUUUUACCCAAUAAAAAGAAAAAGCAAAGGACUUGUUGUACUGUGGAGCAGCUUUUGUACUUGGAAACUACAGUAGCAGGGAUGCUUUCAUACGUUUUUUUUCAGAGGCCUCAUUGUUUUGUAAUGGCUGCUUUUUUAGCGUGAUGUGCGGGGCCGCCUGGCGCCAUUGAGCUCCAACCUCACACGACUUUGGUUGUUUCUUCUGUUCUGCACUGGAAUGCUGCUUUUCUAUUUGCUGUUCUUCCUGUCAAUCAUCUCCCCUCAUCGUUGUAUUUCACGCUUGUGUUCCAAGGCAGGAAGUCUCGGCCAUUUUGGAAGAAUUGAUUUGGGUUUCAGGUGCUACUGUGCAUCCUUCCAAGGCUUCCUCCCAGUAAACUGUUUACACACUCCGCUCCACUUCACAUCUGGUGGCGUGCCUGCAUCAGCACAUGACGGCUCUGAAAGAAAUCACUGCUUCGUUGUGCUGCAGAAUGUGUGAAUUCCAGCCCUGCUACUCAGACGUCUCUCUAGGGAAAUAAAGAUGGUCACCAAA